AUAAAUAUUGCGGAGAUGCUGGAUCAAAGUGUUGUAUUCAAGGUAAUUUGUGCGGUUGGAUUAUUUUUCCUGAUGCAGUUGAUGUUCUUCUGGUCUAAACUUGAGAAUCUUGACGAGAAAAAGUUGACUAUUGAGGCUGAAAUUGAAACAGUCAUAAGGAAACGUGAUAAUUUGCAAAUGAAAUCAUGGGAAUUGCAAAAGGAUAUUCAUCGAAUGGAAUUACGACUGCAACAAAUCGAACAAAAAGUACGUGAUCGUUUACCGCUGGCUGAAAGCCGAAGAAAUCUGCCAAUGAUAUAUUUCAUAACUCCAACGUAUUACAGGCCUACUCAAAAAGCUGAUUUAACACGCUUAGCACAAACACUCGCAAACGUGCCGAAUUUGUAUUGGAUCGUGGUCGAAGAUGCUGAAACAAAAUCAAAUACAGUGGCAGCAAUCUUGGAACGAACUCACCUCCCAUGCACGCAUUUAAAUGCUCUAACGCCAGCGAGUAUGAAGCUAAAUGACACUGACCCUAACUGGAAAUUACCCAGAGGAGUGUUGCAAAGAAAUGCCGCGCUUAACUGGCUCAGGGUAAACUUUGGUACUCUGAAGCGUGGGGUAGUUUAUUUUGGUGACGAUGAUAAUACUUACGAUUGGCGAUUAUUCGAUGAAAUGCGAUUCAUCGAUAAGCUCGGCGUAUGGCCUGUUGGAAUUGUUGGCGGUUUACUCGUUGAAACACCGAUUCUCAAUGAAGAGAAUCAGUCGGUUUUAUCGUUUAAUUCAAUCUGGAAACCUGAAAGACCAUUUCCAAUUGAUAUGGCUGCGUUUGCUGUGAAUCUUUCGUUGCUGUUAGAGCAUCAUGAUGCAGCAUUCAGUUAUAAUGUACCGAGAGGUUAUCAGGAAUCUCAUUUUUUAACAUCUCUGGAGUUAACAAGAUCAGAUCUAGAACCAAAAGCGAAUGGAUGUCGAAAUGUUCUUGUUUGGCACACUCGCACUGAGAAAGCCAAGUUAAUUAAUAGUGAAAAAAAUAAAUUUGUAUGGAAAGACCUCAGCGGUUUGGAAUUGGAUGCAGUUGGUGUUCACACAAAAAUGGGUGAACGUAAAGGACAAAACUUUUACUAUCCGCCUGAUUUCGAUUACAAGAAGCAUAAAUCGUUGAAUUCCUAUCAUGGAACACACGCACUUCGAGAACGUGCCGCUAAAAUCAAACAAGGCAUUCUCAUUAUUCGAUUCGAAAUGCCAUUCAACAUUUGGUGUUUGGGAUGUAAUAAUCAUGUGGGAAUGGGUGUUCGUUACAAUGCUGAAAAGAAGAAAGUUGGAAUGUAUUACACAACACCAUUGUAUGAAUUUCGCAUGAAAUGCCACCUUUGCGAUAAUUAUUUCGUUAUUCGAACCGAUCCGGAGCAUUUUGAUUAUGAACUUGUGGAAGGAUGCAGACGGCAGGAGAAGCGUUACGAUCCAUCUACGAUUAAUCAGUUGGGUGCUGUCGAUAGGACAUUCAAUCGACAACUGGAGGGUGAUAAAAUGUUCAAGGUGGAGCAUGAAGAAAAAGAUAAAACAAAAGGUAUCGAAUCUGGCAAUCAAAUGGAGACACUGGAGUGGAUUCAAGAGCGAAUGCGUGAUGAUUUUGCGGCCAAUCAAGCGUUACGGCGAAAGUUUCGACACGAAAAACAGCAACUGAAAGACCAACGAGUGGUCGACGAUGAUUUAUUGCGGAGAAGCUCACUGAAUAUGAAGUUAUUGCCGGAAAGUGAUGAAGACAAAACGAUUGCAUCGGCAAUUUCUAAAUGCAGAAAUAUUUCGUCAUAUGAGCAGCAGCAAAACGAAAUUCGUUCAUCGAUAAAUAAUCGUUCAAUUUUCAAAGCGUCGCCGUCGAACUCAAAAUCAUCAGUGAUAAAUGCUAAAUUGAUCAGUCCCAAAAAAACCCUCUCAGAAUGCCUGAAGCGGAAACAAUUAUCAGAUGCUUUUGAUAGCGGUUCAUCAUCAUCUUGCGCUCAGGCUAAAAGUUCUCUGACGAGAACUGAUAUUGGUGUUAAACUGAAUACGCCAAAGAACAAUUCUACCAGUCGAACACAACAAACAAUUGUGAAAGACGAAACGAAUAUCCCAUGUAAAGUUGAGAUCGAGAAAGAAGUAGAAAGGAACAGUAGUGAAGGAGUGAUGAGAAAGCAGCAAACUUUAACUGACCAAUCUAUGCAUGCAAAAAAAGAAUGUUCGAAAACAGUUGACUAUGUGGCGUGCAACAAGUCAAAUUUAUCAUUGGUCGCCGAUUACGAUAGUUCGAAUUCAUCGGAUAAUGAUGCUUCAUCAUUGAAAUAA